AUGGAUGAGAAACGAUUAGUUGAUCAUUUUGCAUUAAUUGGUGUUGGAAGUACUGGAUCAAUUAAACGAGAUGAAUUACUUCCAACUGCAUCGACACCAACAGGCGAUGGAUCUUUACAAUUCUCAUCAAGAAAUUAUGAUUUUACACCACAACAUCAACAACCAAUUGUUGAUUUAGCCAUUAUCGAUCGAACACAUGGAGAAGAACCACCAGCUGGUUAUGAACCUAUAUGGACAACUCCCAAUAAUUUCUCAGCUAACCUUAAUCAUAGUGGAAUACGUAAUCAUGAAAUGUAUUUAUGUAUACGACGUGGACGUGAUAAACCACCAAUAACAGAUAUUGGAGUUUUAUUUGAGGGAAGAGAAAAAGUUAUGGAAAAUGUUUCUAUUAUUGAAACAACGCUGCAUGGAUAUCCCGCUAAUAUAUUUAGUUCAUUAUUUAGUAAAGAACGUACUUUAAUAACAUAUCGUCGAGCAGCUACAAUGAUUCUAUGUAAUUCUUUGGCUGUUACAGAUAUUUGUGUUAUUAUUGAAAAUAAGGGUGAAACUCCUCCACAUUCAUUUAAUAAAAUAAAUAAAAAUUUGAAUCGCUCAAUGCUCGGCUCAGACAUCUAUCUAUGUUAUAAAAAAUCUGUUAUUUAUCCUAUACGUAUGCAGUAUCGUCCAAAUAUUCUUUAUACAUUUCCAUUAACACACGAUAAUCCAUCCUGUAAAUUUCCCGACAAAACUCCAAUGUUUUGUUUUCCAAUGGGUGCAUUUAUCGAACGAUGGCCAUCGAAAGUAACAUUACAAAGUGUUACACCAUCAUUUUCAACAUUUCUAUUAGCGAAUACAAAACAAUAUGGUGCUUGUAUAUCAUUCUAUGAAUUAUUUAAUGCUUAUGAUCGUUUAACAUUAACAAAUAAUGAUUUAAUAAAUCGUAUAGACAUUGAUAAUGAUCAUUUAUACGCAUCAACUUGUAUAGUACUUUUUUCUCGAUAUCCAUUUUUUGAUACAUUUCGACGAUUUUUAUUUACAAUUUAUCAAUUAAUUGCUUCAUCGGGUAUGAUAACAUGUAAUCAUAAUCAAUUAAUUGAUCAUAUACCAUUAAUUGAACAGUAUUUAAAACAUUUUUUCUAUGAUGUACCAUUUCCAUCACCAUCAAAACCGAGAAUAUUUGUACAAUAUGAGGAACCAUUAUUAAUUGUUUUACCAGAAGAUAAUGGUUUACCACAAAAUGGUGCAUCAUUUAUUGAUCUUUUGAAAAAUUUAGGAACAGAUAAUACAUUAACUUUAUUUUUACAUGCUUUAUUGGAAUCGAAAUUACUUAUACAUUCAUUACGAUCAUCAGUAUUGACAGGUGUUGUUGAAGCAGUGAAUAGUAUGCUCUUCCCAUUCCAAUGGCAAUGUUCAUAUAUACCAUUAUGUCCAUUAGCUUUGAGUGAUGUAUUAAGUGCACCAAUUCCAUUUAUUAUUGGUAUUGAUUCACGAUAUUUUGACCUAUGUGAACCACCUGCUGAUGUUAUAUGUGUUGAUCUUGAUACGAAUAUAAUUAUUGGAGGUACUGACGAGCAAAAACAUUGGUCUGUGAAAAUGUUUCCAGAAAAACCAUUUAAAAUCUUAAAACAAACACUGGAAAAAAUUGAAUGUCAUGAUCUUAAUACAUAUCAACAAAAUUUACAUGAAAUUCGUACACGUUUAAAAUGUAAUCGUAAUGAUUUCGAACUACGUAUACGAAUGGUAAAAACUGAACGUGUUAUGGAAACACGUAUACGUGAAGUAUUUCUUCGUUUUAUGUGCACAUGUUUUUCUGGUUAUGAACAAUUUUUACGACCAAUAACACGUCGACCAAAUCUUUCAUCAACUGAUGCAUCUCUUCUAUUUGAUUUUGAUAAAUUUUUACAUUCUCGUGGUUCAUCAGAUUCAAGAUUCUAUUCACAUAUUGUACAUACACAAAUGUUUGCUCGUUUCAUAGAAGAACGUUCAUUUUUAUCAUCAAGUACAUUAAAUCAAACGACAUCAAUACUUGAAGAUCAUCAUCAUAAUUAUAGUUUAGUGGUUUUUGAUGAUUGUUGUGUACGAUUAAAACAAAGUAUUGAACAUAAUAAACAAACACCAAUUGCAUUACUUGAUACACAUGAAAUAGAAAAGAGAUUUUCAGCUGAAAAAACAACAUUGAUAUUACCGGACUUUAUUGAUAUGAGUCAUUCGGGAACUAACGGACAUCUUGACUCAAAUAAUAGACAAAAUCAAAUCAUUAUUAAUGGAAAUAGAAUACAUUCUCAAGAACAAAACAAUAUACCUAAUUUAAGAGUACCUCCAGAACAAUCAUUAAUUAAACAUGUGCCUAAUAGUCCUAUGGUUAAAAGAUCGAAAUUAGAAAGAGAUAAAUGUCAAAAGGUUGCUCGUGAAGAUAAAAUGAAACCUACUCAAUGGGCUUAUUGUUUAUUAUCGAAUGUUUAUUCCUUAUGGUUUAUGCAUUUACCUAUUAUGAUCGAAUGUUAUACAACACCACGAGAUAUCUUAAAUUAUGCUUAUAAAAUUCUUGUUCAAAUGAAUCGACAACAUCUAACGAAUCCCGAUGAGAUUUGUUUUCGUGUUAUUAUUCAAUUAUGUGGUUUAUAUGAUUAUCCAAUACUUGCUGUGAAAACUUAUUCAUUUAUGAAAAAAACGGGUGUAGAAUGGAAUGCAGUUACCUAUGGCGCUUAUAAUAAAGCUGUCUAUGAAGGUACAUGGGAACGACGUGAUCGUUGGGCAACAUUACGUUCUGUUUUUCGAGCUGUAUGGGCAUUUAAAACUGCACAUCGCUAUCGACUAUAUCGACAUAAUCCUCGUUUAUCAGUCUCAUCUCUUGAAGAUGAUGAUAGUGAUGGUGCAAUGAGUGUUGAUUCUAAUGCUGUAGCACCCUCAAAUUCCAUUCAACUUAAUAAAAAUCUUGGUUCAAUUGAUAAUUUAAGAGAUAAUCAAGAUGAUACAUUAACAAGUGUACUUACGUCAUUAGCUGGAACAAUAAAAGAUUUUACAGAAAGUCCUUAUUUUCCAAAAAUGGCCUUUAAAAAAAUUCCAUCAAUUGAUGGAAAUGCAGAUUAUAAAAUACUUCGCUCAGCAAAUAUCAAUAAUAACAAUAAUAAUAUUAUUACCGAAACAGUAGAAAAAAAUUCAUUAUCAAAUUUAUCCGAUUUGCCGGCGAAACUUGAUUUUAGUACACUUCAAUCAAUUGCUUAUCAAACAGCUCGAUGUGAAGCAGGAAUAUUAAUGACAACAAGUAAUAUUGAAAUAGGUGAUAUUGGUAUGCUUUCAUAUCGUUUGCCAGUUGCACCACGAUCUUCUCAAACGCAUAAUCAACAACAAACACCUCGUCGAUCAUUUUCAUGUCUUGAUAAUCAAGAUGACACAGUUACUCCUAUUAAAUGGGAAUUAACAUCACGAACACAAGUUUUAACUAAUGAUCCACUUGGUUUACUUAAUCCAACGCCGCCAACUCCAACACCACAAUUAAUUCUUAAUCGAACUUCUUCUAUGAUGAAUAAACCUUUUGCUAAUACAACUUCUUUAUCUUCGACAUCAGAAACUAAAUCGACUAAAACUUCAAUUCCAAAAGAAGAUGAAAUAUCGUCUCUAUUAAAUAUUCCAACAUCAAUAACACAAUUACGUCAAAAAUUUAACCAAAGUAGUUUCUCAUCAAUAUAUAGUCCAAAAAAAUUAAAUUCAAUCAAAUCUUAUGCAUUAGAUCGUUUAACCGAUCUUACAGCAUCAGUUAAAUCUAAUACAAUUCCCUUAACACAAUCGAAGAGUCUCUAUACAGUCAAAAAUCCGACAAUAGCGAAAGAACGAACAUUGACCAAAGAUAUUAAUAAUAGUAAAUUACGUGGUAGUAUGUCAUCACUUAUUUCUCAACAAAGUUCAAAUAGUUCAUCAUUAAAUACAAAUAAUAUCAAUGGAUAUGAUAUUAAUAAUAUACAUGAUGAUAUUAAAGCUUUACGUAUUGAUCCAUCAAGUGUUGCAAUACCAAUAAAUCCGACUGAUGAAAAUUCAAAUUCUCCAUUACGAAUUAUUGAAAUGAGUAGUUGCAAUCGAUGUACAGAAUGUAAUCAUUUUCUAUAUGAUGAAGAAAUUAUGAAUGGUUGGUCACCGGAUGAUUCCGAUUUACAUACAAUAUGUGUUCAUUGUAAAGCAAAAACUAUACCGAAUUUAUGUAUUCGUAUAAGAGAUAAUACACCAGUCAUCACUAGUCCAACGAAAGAUGAAUCAUCUGUUACAACACCAACUAAUAAUGUGACACAACAAUCAAUGAUUGAAAAAAUGAAACAAUCAUUUCGUCUACAAUCAGCAUCAUCAUCACCGCCUAUUACUGUACAUUAUUUAAGUCCGCUUGUUCUUCGAAAAGAACUUGAAAAUAUAAUUGAAGUACCUGAUCUCAAUAAUAAUGAUCUAUAUAAAAUAGAUUUUAAAGAUAAACAUCCAAUUUUAUUUUGGAAUUUAAUUUGGUUUUUUCGACGUAUUCAUGUAUCAAGUCAUUUAUUUCAAAUGCUUUUACGUUCAUUAUUAUAUUCAUCAGACAAUGAAUUAAAAAAUAAUCUACAGAAAAAUAAAUGCAUUUUGGGACAAGAAUUUAUCGAUGAAAAAAUUUCAAUACGCAUACGUUGUAUGUGGGAUAGUGCAAUAAGUUAUAAUGAUAUUGCUGAACCUAUGUAUAAAACAUGGGAACAUGAUGGUUAUGAAGGAGAACAUACACCAGUUGCUAAUGCUUUAAUUACAGAUGAACAUAGUACUGUUACUGGAAAGGUUAUACGAUGUAUUGUGGAUUGUAUUGAACGAAGUGAUCUAUCUACUCCGAUUCGUUUAUUUAUCAAAGAAUCAUCGAAAUCAAUACGAAGACGUAAUCGUCGACGGUCAAUGUAUAGAGAAAUACUAUUCUUAGCAAUUAUUGCACUUGGACGUGAAAAACUUUCUUAUGACGCCUUUGAUCGUGAAUAUACAAAUGUAUUUCAAAAACUGAAUGAUAAACAACGUCAAUUCAUUUCCGAAUUUGAUAAAUGCCCGUCAUUAGCUGCGGUUAUGUGUCGUCGAUUAUUUUCAUCAUUAGAACUCUAA